UUGAGUUGGCUUUUUCACAUCGUCACUUGUGCUCGUUGCCCUACGACGAUUUCAUUUUGUCCACUUUUUCUCUCAAAUGCCGCAUCGUGCCAAGUCCUAUUUGGCGGCGGUGUUGAACUCAGUGCUCGCCUCCUCGGUCCCAGUCCACGACAAGCUCGUGCCUACCUGUUGGAGCAGGCGGCCAGCUUCCCUUCGCCUUGGACGCGCCGACGUCUGUCUGCCUGGCGCCUCUUGAGUCCAGUCAGCCAACGUCGCCAUGGCCUUGAGGUGGAGAUGCGAGACAGGAUUGACUGUGAACGCGGGUCGGCAUUGGCAUUCUGUGAAGAGGUGCCCGAGACCGAAGCAGCUGUAAGGCUUCGGCAUGAGACAGUGACUGAGACGUCUGGGGAGCCCAUUCAACCGCCUGUCUGCCAUAAUGACCUUUGGGAGGCAGGAUAUGGUAAUGCAGACUAA